GUCUGAAAAUAGUCUCGACUAUGUCCCAACUUUACUCCACAGUAUUUGACUCUAAGACAUCAUCUGCAAACUGCAAACCCCCCCACCUUCUUACCUCAUUGCUUCCUCACAAAAAUCGCGUCUUCAAUCAUUUAUGGAGAACCUACUCUAACUCUACUCUGCAUACGUAUGGAGUAACAGUUAAGCAGACGCCAUUAAUGUGAUGAAUCUGUCAAACACAUUAUUAGAUUCCUCAGACUUCCUCAAAAGAAUAAAUCCUUACAUCUCAUGGGCUCCGGCAUCAGCCGCCGCCGCCGGCCGGCGGAUAGGCGCCCAAUCUCCUCGUUUCUCGCCUGCGGCGUCGCCUCUCUAUCUCGCGAGCCAAAUGAUCGUCGAAACGAGUUGCUGCCGAAUUCCGCAGAACAUAGUGAUAAAAAGAAGUCGAAAUCUCUGAGGAAAAAUUCGACUCUGUCUUCGAGCAAUGGGAAAGAUCUGAUUAGCAUUGAUGCUGAAGGUUGUUUGAAUGGUAAUGAAAAUCGAGCUCCCGGCAAUGGAGCUUCCAUUGUUGGUCAUGAAAGUAAAGGGAAAUGUUUGUCUGAAUAUAGUCACCGUGUUCUUCGUCAUCGAUCCAUGGAUGAGUUUAAAGGCAACGACUUAGCAAGCACUUCGAAUCUGAAUCAGCCGACACCUUAUAGCGCUUCUACGGCUGAAAUGUUUGGCAUAGAUUCUGUUAAUGGACUUAAAAAUUCAGACAGUGUUUCUGUUGAGAAUGAUGUCGAUGUCUCUGGUUCUGAUUUUAGUUCUCCAUCCGACUCUCGUUUUCUGAUUGACGAUUCCCUUGAGGAAGCGGCGCCUGUAAUUACUCGUACAAACCAGAUCUCACAACGACUUCCCGGGACGCCAGAUUCGGUUCAUCGUCAUAGAGCUGUGGAACCGAGCAUGCGAGCUGGCAUUUCCCGAAUAGUCAUGCUGGCUGAAGCAUUGUUCGAGGUUCUGGAUCAAAUUCAUCAGCCUCCCAUUACAUAUUCCUCGUCUUUGAUCUCGCUUCCAGCUCCAGAUUUAGUCGUCGAUUCCUUCCCAUUAAAGACUCACAGUAAGGCGGAAAAAUUGGCGACUCCAGAGGAUUUUUCACAGUGUUACAUUUGCCUUUCCGAGUACGAGGAGGGGGACAAGGUGCGGGUUCUUCCUUGCCGUCAUGAAUUUCAUAUGCCGUGCGUCGACAAAUGGCUAAAGGAGAUUCACGGUGUGUGCCCGCUAUGCCGCGACGAUGUUGGUAAAGAUUCGACGUAGCUUUUCAGUUCCGUAAUCUCUGCACUAAGUUAAUACUGUGUGUCGAAAUCUUCCGUGGAUUAUCGAUUGAUAGGGAAAAUGUAUGUUAUUUAUGUGUACAUAAAAUCGGUUGUUUCGGAAUUUGCAUCUUGAGCCAUGUAUCGAUCGAUAUGUUUUCGUCGAAUUGGUCUCAGAUACAAUAUCGAUUUCAUUUCUACUUAAACCGUUCUUGAAACGAGAUUUGGAUUUGAGUUUU